AUGCUAUCUAGAACAAUUCGUGCCCAAGGUACAGCCCUGAAAAUGUCGCAACUAACUGUUACAAGGUCAUUGUCAAGUACACUCAACUUGCAGAAUGUCAAAACCAGGCCCCCCACAGGAAUUGUUUUGAUGAAUAUGGGAGGCCCAUCCAAAGUGGAAGACACGUAUGAUUUUUUGUAUCAGUUAUUUGCUGAUAAUGACUUGAUUCCCAUUAGUGCCAAAUACCAGAAGACAAUUGCGAAGUACAUUGCAAAAUUCCGUACUCCUAAGAUUGAGAAGCAGUACAAGGAAAUUGGCGGGGGCUCUCCAAUUCGUAAAUGGUCAGAGUACCAAGCCUCAGAAGUUUGUAAAAUCUUGGAUGAAACUUGUCCAGAAACAGCACCUCAUAAGCCUUAUGUGGCAUUCCGCUAUGCAAAACCACUGACCGAAGAGACUUACAAGCAAAUGUUGAAGGAUGGUGUGAAGAAAGCUGUGGCCUUUUCCCAGUACCCUCAUUUCUCCUACUCCACUACUGGGUCGUCUAUCAAUGAAUUAUGGAGGCAAAUCAAGACAUUGGAUUCCAAGAGAUCUAUUUCUUGGUCCAUUAUCGAUCGCUGGCCUACGAAUGAAGGUCUGAUCAAGGCGUUCUCCGAAAACAUUACCAAGAAAUUGCAAGAGUUCCCAGAACCUAUUAGAGACAAGGUGGUUUUGUUAUUUUCCGCCCAUUCUCUACCCAUGGACGUUGUUAACACUGGUGAUGCAUACCCCGCUGAAGUGGCAGCCACUGUCUACAGCAUCAUGAAGAAUUUGAAGUUUAAAAAUCCUUACAGGUUAGUCUGGCAGUCCCAAGUUGGACCUAAACCAUGGCUGGGUGCUCAAACAGCUGACAUUGCUGAAUUUCUGGGCCCAAAGGUUGACGGACUGGUUUUCAUCCCUAUUGCCUUUACCUCUGACCAUAUUGAAACUUUGCAUGAAAUUGAUUUGGGUGUGAUUGGGGAGUCUGCAUAUAAGGACAAAUUCAAAAGAUGUGAAUCUUUAAAUGGUAACCAAACUUUCAUUAAAGGUAUGGCAGAUCUUGUCAAAGAUCAUCUGGAUAGUAACCAAUUGUAUUCCAAUCAAUUACCUCUAGAUUUCACACUUGGUAAGUCUAGCGAUCCUGUAAAGGAUCUUUCAUUAGUGUUUGGAAAUCACGAAUCUACUUAG